AGUGGGCACUGCUGGGCAGGGAAGCAGAUGGAUAUACGCGAAUUAUGACCUGCUAAUUUAUCUGCAUUCAUUUUUGAUACAAACGUUAAAAUCGCAAAGGACUCAUGUACGCGCCGUUUGUAACACUGAAAGGAUUUAAGUUUGCUAGCCUGGCGUUAGCUUAGGGGAACUGAGCUUGGAGGCUAGCUAGUUAGGCAAUGGUAGCAUCUCAGCAGCUGUAUCUUUUGUUCUACUAUGGACGUUUGUCGGCAAAGAUCCACGUUGGGCCGGUUGAUCUACACUGUACAGUACAUUUAAGAAAAGUUAUAACAUGUCUGUUUCACUAACUAAAGGACGGAGGCUUGGUGGCGUGUCCGUUACCAGUUAGCUCGCAUACAAGAGACUCCAAGUCGAGCUGACGUUUUUCUCUUCUGUACGGUCUAAACUCGCUAAUGAUUUUUUUUUUUAAAUGUUGCAACUCAGUUUUGAAGUGUAUAGUGGAGUCAGCUGGAACCACACAGUACAUUAUUGCAACUUAGAAUAACUCGUCGGAGGGACGGUUUAACUUCUCUAAAGAAGAAACAAAUGGCUUCAUGAAUGUGUAAAGCAGGAGAAUGACUGCGCGCCUGCCAGGAGGAGGAUGCUACCGUCUUUCACUGAAGAGUGUCCUGCAUAACAUAUCGAUUAGCUGACCAACAAUUGCUGCAGAAGUCUAAGCCCAGAGUCUGUGUGCGAAGCUAACUGCCCUUGGUUUUCUCAGUUAGGACUCGUCCAGCUCUUCUGUCCCAUGGCUGCUGUUAGCGGUGUCAACAUGUUGUCCCAGCUCGGAGACGUAGCGUUGUCAGGUCCAGGAGGAGCAGGGCUGCCUGCAGUGUCCCUAACCAACACGUCGGCGUCUUCAAGCCGGACGCCAGGUACUGAGAACCGGGGGUGCAAGAACGGCGCCUUAAUGGACUCGUUCGGGAUUUUCCUACAAGGACUUCUUGCCGUCAUGGCCUUCAGCACGCUGAUGUGUGAACCCUGGAGGAUCUGGUUCCUGGACACAUCCAAGCAGGCCAUAGGGAUGUUGUUCAUCCACUUUGCUAACGUCUAUUUGUCAGAUCUCACAGAGGAGGAUCCCUGCUCACUGUACCUCAUUAACUUCCUGUUAGAUGCUUCUCUGGGCAUGCUGCUGAUCUAUGCUGGUGUGAGAGCAGUCAGUGCAAUUGUAGAGUGGAGGCAGUGGGACUCUCUGCGCUUUGGAGAAUAUGGAGAACCAGUGCAGUGCACAGCAUGGUUGGGCCAGUGUAUCCUCUAUAUCCUCAUCAUGAUCUUUGAGAAAGUCCUUAUCAUGUUGGUCCUGCUCAUCCCACAGUGGAAACAGCUGGCUCUUCUCAACCCCAUAAAGAAUCCUGCCCUGGAACUGGCCAUCGUCAUGCUCAUCGUUCCGUUCUUCAUCAACGCCCUCAUGUUCUGGGUGGUAGAUAAUUUCCUAAUGAAGAAGCACAGGACAAAAGCAAAGCUAGAGGAGAGAGAGGAGGACAUGGGGGGGAACAGCAAGGUGCGGUACAGACGAGCCCUGUCCCAUGAUGAUUCAGAGUCAGAGAUCCUUUUUUCAGCAGAUGAUGAAAUGGAUGAUUCAGAUGAGGAUGACGUUCGUCGACUCACUGGCCUGAAGACGGUGAAGAAGAAGAAGCUUCGCAUGGGGAUCCCCAUUUGACCUGUGUGAAUAGCUAAAGUGCUACAAUAACUUUUCCUCCGGUAGCUCUGCACUGCACAGGUCCACAUAUGGUACAUUCCCACUAACUCUUCAGACUGUGUGAUAUCAACCUUAGGAGUUGACACAGUCUUCUCAAAGAUUGAUGCCAGAAGUUAAACCAUACCUGAGUUCCCUUUACUGUUGACUUCUGGAGGACCUAACCUGGGGAUUAAUUUAACACACUGGGAGAUUUCUUUUGCUGUUAAGCAGGUACUGGGAAUCACAGUUGCAUUGUGGUGUGGCGACUGUUGUAUUUAAGACACUGGGAAAAGUGAUUCUGCUGUUAAACAUUAUACUGUUAAAGCCUUUAUGUGAGUGUAAUAGGAAAAAGGUAACACUAGUUUAAAAACAUUUUGGACUUCACUGACUGUGUGUCUGUUACUGUGAUGCAGUGGUCCAGGAUCAGGUUGGUUGGACAAAUCUAAAAGACCACAAUGGAACCAAACAUCAUGCAAACAACUACCCACAGAGUUCAGUACAUUUCAUCCUCUGAGUUCUCUAAAGUGAUUAUAUUCCUAAUGUGCAUUACCUGUAAACUUUGUCCUUAUGAUUUCUCAUGUAGACGUAUUACCAUGGCCUGUGGUGUGUGUGUGUGUGGGUGUGUGUGUGUGUGAGAGAGAGGAUGUUUCCAGUUGAACACACCUCAAAUUAAGAGGAGAAUUAUGUCAGUGUUUGAAUGGCCGACAAACACUUUGCAGCACAGUUCCACACUUUAUUACUGUAUAUCUUGUAUGUGAUGUUACUCAUGUCAGAGGAAGCACGUUGGUGUUUGCAGCAACCUUCCAUUUUCAUCUUUUGGGAGUCCUUUCAAAUGGUUAAUCUGGAGGACUGCACUUAUCACACUGCACCAUCCUUCAUUUCAGCAUCACCUCAGCCAGUGUUGUUUGUCUGAAGACUGCAGUUUGUCUGUGACUGUUUUACUGAUGUGCUUUGACUGUGUUCUUUGUUUUUGAAUGUCUUGUGUCUCAUUUCAAGUUGUUGGGUUUUUAAAUGUUAUAGGUUUUGAGUGUUAUUUUCAGGCCAAAAAGGUGACUAUGCUUGUUCCAAAAGUCUUUAUUCCUUCACCCCAACAGGGAGCAUAGAUAUGGGAACAAUUUCUUGCACAAUGUCCAGUUUAUCACAGCUUCAUCUGUGACUUAUUUGUUUUGUUACAAUGAUGGGCCUGAGUGAAAUUACCAGCAGGUGUUUUGUUUUGUUUUUGUUUUCUUGAAUGUUUUAUCCUGAGCUCCAGAUCUUCAGACAUUAAGGCCCCAUUCAGCAGGCUCUGAUGUUAAGAAUGUGACAUGCAUAGACCUCUAAACUGUUAAGUGACUGUGCACCACACAGUUAAGAAAAAGGGCGUGCGUGUGUGUUAUGUGUGUGCAUGCCACUUUAUAUAUACAGUAUACCUGGAUGUAUGGGCUUGUGCUGGAUGCACAUGUGCAGUUUGUGUGAGGGUCCUCUUUAAAGUACAGUGCUGCUGAGGAUUUCAUUAUAAUGUUUAAGCAUGUUGGCAAGGAAUAAAUGACUGCAUUUCAAAGGAGGAAGGUACAAAUGUGUGCCAAAGUAAUGGUUACUCUGAACUCAGGCUGGACAAAAGGAGAUUUAGUAAUUUGCAGUGAGACAACUUGAUGAGUAAAAAGGUAAUGGAAGUAAAUGGUCAUUAUAAAAUGCCUUUUCAAGUACAUGAUACACAAAGUUGAGUUAUUUAUGUUUAAACUUGUAAAAUGAAGCUUAAUGUUGUAAAGGAAAUCAUUCCCUGACUGGGAAAUGAACCGAGGCCACACCAAUGAGAGUGCCAAAUCCUAACCACUGGACCAUUAGCGAGAUUGAUGCCACCAUCAGCUUCUGAGCUCAAAAGCAAAUUGUCCCUGUCUUCUUAUAAUUUUUAAGGUUGAGCGUGUGUGCAAAAAUAAUUGUGGGCAUUGAUUAUGAUUAUUAUUAUAUACUACUAAAAGUAGUGCUUUGACACACACAACAAAUUUGUGUUCUGUUGUAAAUGGAGUCACCAGACCUACAGUCAAGGUUAAGAUUUGAGUAUCCAGAAAUAGAUCUAGCUAAUAAGCUACUUAUACCUUCUUGCAUAUACUUGUAGGAAUGCAGGUGCACAUUUAGGUCUGGAGUCAUGUUCGUACAGGCUUUUAAAAAAUAUAUUACAUCCACAUAAAUGUCAAUCUUCCAUUUGUCAGUUUCACUGUUUCACAUCCCCUGCCUGGCACAACAUAGGCCUGUCAUUUGUUGUUUUUCUCCCCCUCCGCUAGGCCUGUUAUGAUUUUAAAAGCCAAGCAGAGCUCAAGUACAGGUUGCAGUACCAUAGUUUGAUUUGGAGUAGAUAAAUACACACUUGUACUACAAGGAUCUCCUUGUGUUGCUCAUUACCUUAAACCUUGCACAUGGAAAGGCUUCAUAAGCUCCUGCACAAACAUAUGAUGACUAAUAUAGCAACACUGACUAGAUUCAGUAGGACCAGUCAUUAUGACUGACUAACCUCUGUUAGUUAGAGACUAUCUUAGCACUGUGAUGUUCAGUGCUUGAAUUGCUUCAGUGGGUGUGCCGGCUUUCAGAUCAGGAUUCUCUCUGGCAUUGAGUUUGUUGCUUUAAAAUAGUGAGUCAGUUUGCCCGUCAUCACACAGUUAACACCUCAGUUUCAGAUUAUGAUGCCACGUCUCAUGACUACUAUUGCCUUAUCUGUUUACCUACUUGUAUUUUAGUCAAGAGACUAAAAUACCUUGUCAUCAAACGUACAAAAUGUAAGUAGAAGAACAUCUUAAAGGGAGAGUCACUUAUGCAAUGCACAUUUUAUAUAUAUAAACCUGCUAGCUCUGAUUGUUUUGUCCCCUUAGCUCUCUUCCUGUUUUAGCCCUCAUUU